AAGAAGAAGUAUGAAGCGGAAAAACGACGCCGUUCCGGGUGACAUGGUGCAGCGGUGGGCCCGGCCACCUUUAUCUUGCCGCCUAUGUCGGGCGAAGAAGCUCCGCUGUGAUCGCGCCCAGCCCUGCUCGAACUGCGUGUUGAGGAAGGUUUCCUGCCAAUACGGCGGUCAGGGUCUAUCGGACGAGUCCGAGGAGAUGAGGGGUGAGAUACAGAGGAGGGACCAGCCUGCAGCUGGUACUUCAUCGGCAUCGCAAUCUGGACCCCGGCCGGCAACUGCUGUAUCUCCCGCAGAUCCGACCGAUGUCCUCAAUAGGAUUCGCAGGCUGGAAGAGGCUGUCUUCGACAAAGCUCAAGCAGUACGAGAUAUAUCCCUCUCCUCAUCGCAAAAAAAUAUAGAUAGUCUAGAUGACUGGAUACGAGACAUGAAGCGUAUGUCCGGAUGUCUUCCCCCGUGGCCACAGGCCCGACAGCUCUUCAACCAAUUUGCCAUGGUCAUCCAGCCAAAUUUUGGAGUCCUUCACAUUCCAACCGUUAAAGCUCUAGUCGACAAGAGCUAUCAGACUAUGCUCGAAGGUGGAGACCCAAGCUCCGAUGUUGUGAUGCUACUGCUCAGCAUAUUUGCGGGCGCUGCUUUGGUUGCAACGCCCGAGCUCCUACAGACGCUGAAUGCCACGCAAGUCGAGGUCAACUCAGCCUUCAGGACGUACACACGCCUCGCGAUGGCCAUCCUUGACAACAACCUUCACCCAGUUUCCCCAUCAACUGUCGCGCUUGAAGCCAUCAGCACGCUAGCUCAUGUCCUCAGCCAUGCGGACGGCUAUUCUGAUAGAGUUCAAUCACUCCGAGUGCGCGCGAUGCUCAUGGCACGAACGAUGCAGAUUCACCGUCUCGACACAGCCAAAAGCCAAGACGAAAGAAACCGGUCUGGAUACAACAACAUUGAGAUUGAAGUCCAGCGCCGAAUAUGGUGGCAUCUAGUUUCCUCCGACUGGAUCAUAUCCUUCUCCCAAGGCCCCCAAGAAGGCACCUACUUCAUGCACCCAGCACACAUGAAAGUUAACCGCCCCGCCAACAUCAACGACGAGCAGCUAACCGCCAACGGCCCCGAGCAAAGCCUCCCCCUAACCACACAUACCUCCAUGUCUGUCUUCCUGCUGCGAAUCCAACACGCCGAACUCUGCCGCGAAGUCGUCGACACCCUCUCCUCAACCUACACCACCUCCGAGCCGCCAGACUACUCCCUCAUUCUGGCUCUGGACCAGAAAUUCCGCAACUUCAUCAACUGCGUGCCCCCCUUCUUCCAAAUGCCCCUAAUCCCCACCACAACAACCACAUCCAGUGCCAACCCCCAAUCCAACCCCCAAUCCCAUCCCCACGAAUCCCCCUCCAUCGCUCGCCACCGCACAAUCGGCCACCUAGGCUUCCACAUCCGCCUCUGUCGUCUGCACCGCCCCUUCCACCGCCUCGGCUCCGCAAACUCCCAAUACGCCUACUCGCGUACCGUAUGCAUCCGCUCCGCGCAAACCGUGCUCGACCUGCACCGCACCCUCGACCAGCUUGACGACGCCAACAAACGCUCGAAAUACUGGCCCAUCAUGCACCACGUCUUCUUCGCCGCGAUGGUGCUAGCCACAGACGUGUCGAUGAACCCAACAGAUCCCGGCGCGGAGGCCCGCAAGCAGGAGGUCUUGCAUGUGGUGGCGUUGCUGGAGAGGGAGAGAUUUUUGUCGAGUACCCUGGGGGAGGCUAUCCAGAAGAAUGAGCAGACUUUGUUGGCGAUUUUGAGGGGAGAGAGAGAGGUAGGGGGGCAGAAUCAGCAGCAGGGGGUUGGUGGGAAUGAAAUGGGGGAGAACGAGGCGGAGGAUGGGCAAGUUUCGUCAACGGGGGAGGCAGCAGCAGCAGCUCCUACUCCUGGUGAUGGGACGGGAUGGGGUGUAUUGAACGAAGGUGGAGAAGAAAGUUGGGGCCAGCUGUGGUCUGAUCUAUUCAACGUGGCACCGGAGGGAAUAGAUGGGCUGCAGUGGGAUUCGUUGCUAAAUGAUUGGGAUCUUUCCCUUGAAGCCGGCUUCUAG